AUGGUGAUGAUGGUUCUGUUAGUGGGAACGUUGUGGCUAACAUUAUCAAAGGCGUCUCCUAGUUGUUUGCCACAAGAAGUUGAUUGUACAAUCUAUCCGAAUAGUCUCCUAGAUUUGCCUUACUGCUGUCAACAUGACAAAGUAGUCUGCGUAUCAUGUGUUCCGGUAUCACAUCAGAAUUGCAAGUCUAUCAUUUCAAUUGAAAAAGCUGCUAGAGGCGUAAAAGAUGGUACCGCUAUUUCUGAUCUAGAGAGAAGGAUUUUAAACCUAUGUCAAGUUGCAGAGAACAGACGGAGUCAAAGUGAGAAAACACUUGUAGAUUUGGAAGAAAGUCGUACCAAAAUAAAGACAAGGGUGUCUGACAUCAAACGGAAAGUCAUUGCUCAUUUAGAUACUUUAGAAGCAGAAAUACAUGAAGAUAUUGAUUCUAAGUAUAAAAAUUGUACUGAGAGUGUUACCCGAAACAGAAAUAGCAUACAAUCUAGCUCAGACUCGCUGUCUACAUGGAAACGUGAUCUUAAUUCACUGAAGCAACACACAUCAGAAUCUCAUUUAUUCCAGGUGGUAAAAUUUCUCGAUGCAAAAAUCUACCAGAAAGAAUUACAAAUCAGAGAAAUCAAAGCAGCUACUGUUCCGAUACUAACAUUUUAUCCUUCAGAAUCUGAAUCGAAAAUUAAGAAACUUAUCCCUGACUUGGGUAAAAUAACGGUUGAAAAUGUCCAAGUACCAAAACCUGCACUAGAUAUAGACAAACAAUGUAAUGUUCCCGUUAGAGAUGAAAGAAAGUUAUCACCGACACAUUCAUUCCAGACCACGAAAUUAGGAAAUGAAGUAAAUAUCAGUAGUGGAUGCUUUAUUUCUGAUAAUAGGUUACUCCUGUGUCACCCCAAGGGGAAACAUCUUUUCGUUUGUAAACUUGAUGGAUCUAAUUCCAACGUGAUUGAUUUGGAUUAUAAACCAUUUGAAAUAAGCUUAUAUGACAAAAACCAUGCUGUAGUAUCGGAUGGUGGUGCAGGUAUCCAGAUAAUAGACCUGACAACAUUGAAGCCUGGAAGGAGAAUUCAAGUUAAAGGAUUCUGUGAUGGAAUAACCAGUGUAAAGGAUAAGAUCUGGGUAAAAAAUAAAUCUCACACUCUAACUAUAAUGGAUAUCAAUGGUAAAGUUUUUAAAGUAAUAAAAACAACGUUUGAUGCUUAUCAAAUCUGUGCCAGUCAGGAUGGUGAUGUGUAUUGUACUGACGGUAGUAGUGAGAAAGUAUUCUUAGUUUCUUUGGAUGGAAAAGAACGUGAGAUAUACAACAGUCCUGACCUGACAACUGGUAUUGGUGUAGCUGUAGAUGACCAUGGGGACGUGUAUGUAUCAGGAUGGUUAUCAAACAACAUACAUAGAAUAUCUAAUGAUGGACAGAAACAUGACAUCGUUUUGUCAGCAGACGAUGGUAUCAAUGAACCGACUGGUUUAUCUUACAACAAUGAAACAAGAGAACUGUUAGUCUUCAACGACUAUGGUGGUUUUAUCAGUAUUUAUAAAACCAAAUGA